AUGGCUUCCAAAGGCGGCCUGCUCGGCCAGCAACUCGAGAAACUGAUCGAGUCCGUCCUUUCUGUCGCACGAUCCCGCGAACAACCCGUUCUUGCUAGCAAGUGGCAAUGCAUCAAAAACUGUUUGAAAUGGGGUUUGAACCCAAACUAUGUCUUCGAAGACGGGAUGUCCUUGAUGGCACAAGCCAUCGUGAAGUCAACGGUGAAUCCGUACAAACAGCACAGGGAGGUGAAGAUUUUACUCGCCCAUGGGGCUGACACAGGUUGUCUCACCUCGCUGCCGGACAAGGAUUCAAUGCUGCAUCUAGCAUGCCUUUAUUAUCAGCCAAAGAUCGUGCAGGAAUUGCUCGAAAAAGGUGCAGACCCUAAUCUGAGAGACGCACAGAACCGCACACCCAUCCAUAGGUUGUUUGACAGGCACGAACUCAAGUCGAGAGACCGGAAUUACCUGCUUGACAUUCUCCUCAAGGACCCAAACGUCAGAAUCGAUGAACGUGAUGGCAAUGGUCGGACCCCAUUAAGCCUUGUUGCGGGUCACUCAGUCAACUUAUCGAUGGCUAGGAAAUUCGUCAGCAGAGUUGUUUAUUUGCCAGAGAGGGUCGACCUCAAUUCUCAAGACAACGAGGGGAAAUCACCGCUUUGUCACGCCAUUUCCACCCGGGACUGUUACAUGGUCCGUCAAUUCGUCUCGCAGGACAGACUUGAUCCCAACCUCGGUCCGGCAGAUGCAUUCCCUCUGCUUCUCGCUGUUGAUUUUGAUAAGCUGGCGGUUCUGGAAAUUUUGCUAGACUCGAGACAACUCGAUCUGAACAAGCAAACUAGCGAAGGGGAGACCGCCUUGCUGAGGGCAAUUCAUAUUGGCAAUAGGGAAGCCGUAAAGUUGCUUGCCCGAGCUGGUGUCAAUCCCGACAUCGAAUCACGCGAAGGUGAGGAGACAGCACGAGAGGCGGCCCUCAAUGCGGGUAUCCUUGUCAGCAGGCUUGUCGGCUGGAAAAGACCUCGCCUGAACUAG